AUGGGUACCCGACACUUCCUUGCUUUGUUCCUGGUCCUCCUGGUGUUGGGAUUUGAGGUCCAAGCUGCCUACGUGCCCCAGGCGGACGAGCCUGCCAGCCCCGCCCUGCUCUCCCAGAUGCAGGAAUCCCUGUACCGAUACUGGGAUUCCGCCAAGAGCACCGCCAACGACCUUUACCAGAAGACCUAUCUACCCCGUGUAGAUGAAAAAAUUAGGGACAUGUACAGCAAAAGUACCAGCGCCAUGACCACGUACGCUGGGAUUCUGACUGACCAGAUUCUGACCCUACUGAAAGGGGACCAGUAA